GAAAUAAGUUAAGCUCCACUUCUGAAAUGAGUUCUUUUAGGCUUUUGGCUUAUUUUCACAAUAAGUUAAAAUAAGUUGCAAAAGAACUGGCCCCAAGCCGGCGGCCAUAGCUAAAUCCAGACAGAGAAACCACGGCAGAGCCGAGCCGGCCCUCUUCCCAUCCCAUUUGGCACUCUCGCAUCCACGGCAGAGCCGAGCCGGCCCGCGCUCUGUCCCUAUUUUUGGCCAACGUCGUUUCACUAAUCACUAGCCACUAGCCACUAGCUCUCUUGCCUCCACGGCCCCGAGACCUCUCACUCCCCCGCAAUGGCCAAGCAACGACGGAGCGGCGCCGGCGCCGGUAACGUCGCCUCUAACGCCGUCCGGCCGAAGCCGGAGCGGACGCGGAGGAGCGUGCCGCGGGGGCGCCCCUCCCAGCGCACAUCCUCGUAUCGCGGCGUCACACGGCACCGGUGGACGGGGCGGUUCGAGGCGCACCUGUGGGACAAGAACACCUGGACCGAGCCGCAGAGGAAGAAGAAAGGGAGGCAAGUUUAUCUCGGGGCGUACGGCGGCGAGGAGGCGGCGGCGCGCGCCUACGACCUGGCGGCGCUCAAGUACUGGGGCCGCGGCACCGUCCUCAACUUCUCGCUGUCUAGCUACGACCAAGAGUUGAAGGAAAUGGAGGAGCAGUCCAGGGAGGAGUACAUCGGCUCGCUCCGGAGGAAAAGCACUGGCUUCUCAAGAGGGGUGUCCAAAUACAGAGGCGUCGCAAGGCAUCACCACAACGGCAAAUGGGAGGCUAGGAUUGGGCGUGUGUUUGGCAACAAGUAUCUCUACCUAGGCACCUAUGUGACGCAGGAGGAGGCAACCAUGGCGUACGACAUCGCCGCCAUCGAGCACUGCGGCCUCAAUGCUGUCAUCAACUUCGACGUCAGUCGCUACAUCAAGUGGCACCACCGUUGCCACGCUGACGACGCGGGCGGUCUCAACACCCCUCGCUGUGUCAAUGAUCGGUUGCAACCGCCCCAGACGAGUCCAACGUCUCAUGCGGCGUCGGCGCUCGGCCCGCUGCUGAAAGCGCCCAGGUUGAAGGAGAUGAUGGAGCGGGUGGCAGCCUCCCAGAUCAGCACCAACUCGCUGUCUUCGUCGUCGUGUCCCCCCUCAGCGCCACCACCGACGACACAGCGGCGGGAGACGAAGCCUAGAAAUUCGUCAAUGCGGUGUAGCUUCCCGGACGAUGUGCAGACAUAUUUCGGGUGCGGCGAUGAAGAGGGUAUGAGCGGUUUGGCGGAGGUUGACACGUUCUUAUUUGGGGACCUGGGCGUGUGCGCUGAGCUGGGCCUUUGAUAUGAACAAUUCAGCUUUUCUCUCUCUUUGGAAUGGACUAUGUAUUGUGUUUAUAGCUUCGCAAAAGGAUUUGCCUACUGCAUAAUGCAACAUGCAGAAUGUUAA